AUGGCGACUGCCGAUGUUCAACUCCCCGUCGUAGCUGCGACUAUGUUUGCUAACGUAUCCGAGGCCUCUGCCAUAUCACCACACGACGUGGACACCAUUUUGCAUUAUUUCAAGCCCAAUGAGGAUAAUUCACCCCCGGCGCCUACUUACGUUGGCCGGCCGGAGACUUACGAGCGCCCGACUGAAGAGCAUCGAGUCCGCAUCACGGACAUCUCCGGCCAGGAGGCGCAAUUCACACUAGACAAGAAUGGUUUCCAAAUCUACAAACACGUCAGUCAGGAGAAGGAAUUCGUGGAUGACGACAAGGUCAAGGACAAGUACUACAAAGAGACUGAGCAGCUGUUGAAGGAUGCGACUGGAGCUUCGCGCAUCUUCAUAUUUGACCAUACGAUUCGCCGUCCGGAUCCAGAUCAGACCAAUACCACUUCUCCUAUACAACUCCGUGGCCCGGUGAACCGUGUGCACAUCGAUCAGACUUACGAGGCGGCCCUGAGCCGGGUCCCUCACCACCUCCCAAACGAUGCAGAUGAGCUACUCAAGGGAAGAGUGCAGAUUAUCAACGUCUGGCGUCCAAUCAAGACUGUGCUGCGUGACCCCUUGGCCCUGGCAGAAGCCAACUCGGUGGAAGAGGACGACCUUGUUCCCAUAGGCCUCAUAUACCCGAAUCGCAAAGGCGCUACCUUUGCCGUCAAGGGAAAUGACAAGCACAAGUGGUACUUCAAGUAUGGACUCACCCCCGAAGAGGUCAUUCUCAUCAAGUGCUUUGACUCCAAGACGGACGGUCGCGCUAGGAGGGUGCCUCAUACGGCCUUUGUCGACAGUGGCGCAGGUGACGACGUGCCCGCCAGAGAGAGCAUUGAGGUCAGAGCACUGGUCUUUCAUGAGCAUGACCGUGAGUGA